AACAAAUAGAGAAGAUUCAUCAGUGAAAAUUAGAAAUCCUCUGAAAUAUGCGAAGCAUGCCUAUAGUGCUGUACUCUGGGCCGAAGUUUCAGGAAACAUUCUUAAUUGUAUCUGAUCCAGGAAGAUCUGAAUAUUCGAUCAUACGUUACAUUGAAUACGAUUGUUGAAGGAUUGUAGCUGAUCGUAGACCGGAGAAUGGGUACUUCUGUUGCUUUUGAGUUGCUGAAAUGAUACGAGUUCACCGUUUUUCAUAUGCGGAACUUGUUCGUCUCGGUCGGCAGAUUGAUAUUCGGUACUAUGGAAUAUUUUUACGCAGUUGCUAAGGGUCGCAAUCCAGGCGUGUACAAAACCUGGGAUGAAUGUAAAGCAGAAGUGACUAAGUUUCCAGGCCCGGUUUACAAAAAGUUUCCAUCAAAAGCAGAGGCUGAAAACUUUGUGGUGAGUCGAGGACGUCCCUUACUCAAACCAAAGUCAACACGUGAGGCGAGCGCACUGAAUAAAUGGCCGAACAAACUAGAAAACGAUCUGCGCUAUGACCAGAUGGAAAUGCGAUUAAAGGACUGGGCCAAGAAUACAUCGUCUCUCACUCAACUUGAUAUUCAAACAGAGGCAUCUAGAAUCGCCAAUGAAUUAGGAAUUGAGAAUUUCAACCAGUCAGGAGGUUGGAUCAAGUAUCAUCUCGAGUGCAAUCCGGAUGUUUACAAGUCCUUGCGAAUACAGAGCUCUGGCGACAAAGAGUCGGACCAGCGGCUGAAUUUGGAAAGAAAGUUAUCGAGUUUGGAAAGCAGGAUAUCAGGUUUGUCCACAUCAGGGGGCUCUAUUCCCACGCGGAUAAGAAUAUUGGAGCAUACUUUGCAUUCGAUGCACCAGGAACUUCACGAAAUUAAAAGACACUUGUCAACGGAUACUCAAGGCUGUUUUGCAGCGAUUAAUGUUCGAAAACGUAAAAAGUCGAAGGACGCGGAGGACGCUGAAAGCUCUGAUGAGGAUUCCAGCAGCAGCAAGAAUUUUGGAACAGAGAAAAAAUUUGACAUUGACGCUGAAGGAUACGUCAACGUUUAUACAGACGGGGCCUGCAGUGGGAAUGGUAGAUCAGGAGCAUCUGCAGGAAUCGGUGUUUGGUUCGGGGAUGAACAUCCCUUAAACGUGUCGCGACCUGUUGUGGACGGUUGUCGAGCGACAAACAACUUUGCAGAAAUACAGGCUGUUACAGUGGCAGCUAAACAAGCAACUAAAGCUGGAGUAAAAAAGUUGAAGAUAAAUACAGAUUCCCAAUUUCUUAUAUCCUGUAUAACGCAAUGGAUGCCCAAGUGGAAAAGAAAUGGAUGGAGGAAGGCUGAUGGUGAUAAAGUUAUCAACAAGGAAGAACUUAUCGAAAUGGAGACUGCACUACAGCCUUUAAAGAUUGCAUGGAAUCAUGUGCGCGGACAUGCAGGUAUUCGUGGCAAUGAAAUGGCGGAUGCCUUGGCGAGAGCAGGUGCUGCUGCACGAAGUACCAAAUGAGAAUUCCAUCGGAGGGAAGAAACGGUGCAAGAAUUUGGGGACAGCAAAUUUGCAUCAUUGAUUUGAACUAAUUAUGGGUAUUCCUAUUAUUAAUAAAAAAAAAAAAAUAUCGCACA